UGCCAGUUCGAAUGAAACCGUUGCAUCACUGGUUCGCGCGAUGUAUAAAUUGACCAAGAAUUCGGUGGACAGCAUCAGUCUUCUGUUCCAAUCAGAAAACAAACCACCAAUCCUCUCAAAAUGAUGAAGAUUAUCGUCGCCCUGUUCGCCCUGGUGGCCCUCGCCGUAGCGAAGCCCGCGGUGGUCGCUGCGCCGGUAGUCGCAGCCCCCGCCCCCGUGGUCACGGCGAGUAGCUCCCAAUACUACCACCGCAACUUCAACACGCUGGCCGCGUACGUGGCGGCGCCUGCUGCGUACGUCGCCCCUUCUGCUGCAUACGUCGCCCCGUCUGCUGCAUACGUCGCCCCGUCUGCUGCCUAUGUUGCUGCACCUGCGUCGUACUACGCUCCUGCUGCGCCAUACGUCGCCGCUCCCGCUGCCUCCUACGUGCUACUAUUUUCAACAAUAUGUGUGGUCUGCCGAGGAUCAGGAUUGCCAGUAGCGCAAGUGCUGCCUGUCAGCCAAGUCCCCGCCCAAGUGGGGCCGCCCACAGUCCUCGCUCAAAGCUCCCAGUACUUCCAGAGGACGUUCAACCGCCUAGUUGCCGCUCCCGGGGUGCUUGAGGCGCCGGUAGUGCCGGUGGCCGAGCAUCCCCCGGUGGUACCUGAGCCGCCGGCCACGCGCCCCCCCUCACCUCCGGCUCCAACACAACCUGUGUUCCUGAAUGCACAACCAAAUGUGGCAAUAGCAGUAGCCACCGCCCACGCUGCUGCCCCGGUAGCCACAGUUCUUCUUCCACCUUAUCCCUUUGGACUACCACCCGGCUUCACGUUCCCUAUCAACGUGGUCCCUACCGAGGAGGAAGAGACGCCGAGAGACCCUGAACCCACCACGACCACGACUCAGAGAGCACCUCCACAGCAGCCGCAGCCAAACCCGGCUUCAUUGAACUUGGAAACGUUUUCACAAGGACUACCUUCGAAUCAGAACGGAAACUUCAAGCAGUACUAUGCUCCACCAAUCCAACAAAUUCCUCUCGAGAUGACUCCGCCAAAACCUAUAAAACUGAAGACUUCGGUGGAAGUUGUGCCACUUAUUGUCGCAACUUGCCCCCAUUGCGUGCGUGCUAGGACUAACGAGACCGAACUACUUAUGGUCAGUGUCGAAACGCACAAGGUGAAUCCUCAAACUGACUGUAUAAAAGCUAUUGACAACUGUUUGCAUGCAUCACACUCGCAUCUUCUGUCCAACAGACAAACACAAGCCAGCAAUAUGUACAAGAUUGUAAUCUUCUGUGCCGCCUUCGCUCUGGCUGCGGCUAAGCCCAGCGUAGCCCCGGCUGCCCUGGUGGCCGCGCCGGCGCCCGUGCUCCCCGCCCCCGCCCCCUUCGUCACCGCCACCAGCUCGCAAUAUGUAGCCAGGAACUACAACAGCCUCGUCCCCGCCGCCCCCGCCGCGUACGCAGUCGCCCCAGCACCUUAUGCAGUCGCCCCGGCUGCGGUUGCUCCGGCCCCGUACGCAGUUGCCCCAGCCCCGUACGCAGUUGCCCCAGCCCCCUAUGCUGCGGCCCCAGCACCUUACGCAGUGGCCCCAGCGCCUUAUGCCGUGGCCCCAUCACCUUACUACGCUCCAGCUGCUAAGGUGGUAGCGGCAGGGCCAGCCCCGGUGGUGGCCCCCGGACCCGUCGUCCCUGCCUACGCCCGCUACGCUGCCCCCUUCUACGGAGCGUCCCCCUACGCUGCCCCUUACCUACUUAAGUGAAUAUCCGAACAUGUUAAAUCAUAAAAGACUGAAUACAAUCCUUUUGUACUGAAUUAAUAAAUGCAUAAUGUUUUA